AUGGGUACCAUGAUAGCCAUCAAUGAUGGACCACCGCUGCCUUUUCUGCGGCGACAAUCAAAGAUGUAUAAUUUUCGACGGAUGUUUGAGAGCAUAAUCAGUUCUCCACCAGAGACCGAGUUCAUCUAUCAUGACGAGGAGCCACCACAAGAAGCUGCUGCUCCGAAUCGAAGGAAUACUAGAUCAGGAGUUUUCGGAGAGGAAGUAUCAGGAGAACGCGAAAAAUAUUUGGUAUUGGAGAUGCUCCUGAUAUCGAAACCCCGCCUCAAAAUGCACGUGACUAUCAUAUUCAGCGAUUUAAUCGCAACGAAUCUUUCCGGCUGGUCAUGCCGUAUAAACACUAAAACUUAUCAAAUUCUAAAACUCCCAUCAGAAGAUAAAAUCUUCACAACUAUAAAACAAAUUAUCCCAUCUGGUACCUGCCCAUUAAUUAAACUUUUCCCAAGAGAGGAAAAACCGAAAGACAAAGCGUCUAAAAGAGGGAAGUUGUCCAGUUUUGAAAGAAAAAGAAGAUACCACCAAACGUUUGGAGUAGACCAUCAUGCCAAAGAGCAGCUAUUCUGUCCUCUCCAAGCAUCUCAAGUUGAGCUUGCGUUUAAGACUCAAAUCAAAGCCGACAUCGUGAUUAAGAUUCAGGCGCCAAACGGAGAAUGUAGUGGAUAUAUUUAUCCGAAUAAUUUAGACUUUACUAGUUUUACACCAACGAAUAUUGGAUGUGGUCACGGAAAAUGGCUAAUUCAUGUCGCCGUACGACGAGGAUGCAAAUUUCAUCACGGCCAAACACGUCAACUAAAUCUUGUUGGACAAGGAAUUCUAUUCUUUGAAGUAAAUAUGGUCGGUGAUGUAAAAGAUUGCGGGAGGCUGUGGCUGGAUUGUCUCAACUAA